UAGCCUUGAACAGAUAAUUCUGUGGUCUGUUACUUUCAGCUUUCUUACACACACAAUUGAUAGCUGAUAUUAAAGGAUACUAUUAAGGGCAAAAAGUUUGCGGAGCUUUCAACAACCUGCAAUAAACUUUUGCCCCCCAGCUGGAUACUUCAGUCAAAUCGGAGGGGGGGGGGUCCUGCCAAAAAAGAAAAAAAACAGCCACCAAAGUGAGGACCUGCUGUAUUCUUGGCAUCCUUCUGGAUCCCAUGAGUAGGCAUCUUGUAUCUGCUGGCUUCCAAACAACAGGUUUGUUUCUUUACAUAAGCUUCUUUGCGGACUGUGGAAUGCAAACUGGAAAGGGCAGCUUCCCCCUCCCCUAUCUCCCAAGUGACUUUUCAGCAUAGGGCUUUCUGAUUUCAGCCAACUCGUGUUCGUUGUAUGGAACAACAGGCUGAAGCUGAGCUGGCUUUCAGGAUAUCACAGGACUAAAAAUCACAGCUGCUGCUUUGAGCUAAGUGGCUAAAGCUUGAUAAAAGAAAUAGAAGCUUGGCUGUCUUGCAGAUACCAGAGAUUACACAGUGGGUUUACUGGAACUUCAGAGCAGCUUUAAGUGUGUAUGUGCCUGCCUUUGGAGGCACAAUGAAAUCGGACAUUAUAAGGGUGAAGGACAUUUCACUACGACAAGACCCAGACCUAAGGAAGGAGCUUGCACUGUUGGCCCGAGGAUGUGAUUUUGUUUUGCCUUCCCGAUUCAAGAAGAGACUGAAGGCUUUCCAGCAAGUUCAGGCUCAAGUAAAGAAAGAGGAACCCCUAACACCAACACUAAGUGAAAGCAUUCCAAAAUUUUACUUCCCUCGAGGACGGCCUAAACCAAAUAUCAACAUUGACGCUCUAAUUUCCAGGAUAGAGAAAACUUUUUCACAAUUCCCAAAUGAAAGGGCUACUCUGGAAGACAUGGGGAAGGUAGCCAAAGCCUGUGAGUGCCCACUCUACUGGAAAGCUCCAUUGUUCUGUGCCGCUGGUGGGGACAGAACAGGAUUUGUGUCGGUUCACAAAUUCAUUGCAAUGUGGAGAAAAAAAAUACAGACCUGCCAUGAUGAUGCAGCAAAGUUUGUCCAGCUUUUGGCCAAACCAACCUGUAAUUAUUUAGAACAAGAGGACUUGAUUCCAUUCCUUCAGGAUGUGGUAAAUACACAUGCUGGUCUCACGUUUCUAAGGGAGGCAUCAGACUUUCAUUCUCGCUAUAUUACCACAGUUAUUCAGAGGAUAUUUUAUAAUGUAAACCGAUCAUGGACUGGAAAAAUAACUUGUUCGGAUCUCAGAAAAAGCAGUUUCUUGCAGAAUGUGGCAUUGCUGGAAGAGGAGGAGGAUAUUAAUCAGCUUACAGAGUAUUUCUCUUAUGAGCAUUUCUAUGUCAUUUACUGCAAGUUUUGGGAGCUAGACACAGACCACGACCUUUACAUUGAUCAGAAGGACUUGGCCAGGCACAAUGACCACGCAUUGUCCCAUAAAAUGAUUGAAAGAAUUUUCUCUGGAGCAGUUACAAGAGGCAGAAAAAUUCAAAAGGAAAGAAAAAUGAGCUAUGCUGACUUUGUGUGGUUUCUAAUUUCUGAAGAGGACAAAAAGACAAACACAAGCAUAGAGUACUGGUUCCGGUGUAUGGAUCUUGAUGGAGAUGGAGUGCUGUCUAUGUAUGAGCUUGAAUAUUUCUAUGAGGAGCAAUGCCAGAAGCUGGAGAACAUGGCCAUAGAACCACUACCUUUUGAAGAUUGCCUCUGCCAAAUGCUGGACCUUGUCAAACCGGAAUGUGAAGGCAAGAUUACCCUCCAUGACCUGAAGAAGUGCAAGUUGUCACAUAUAUUUUUUGAUACCUUUUUUAAUAUUGAGAAGUAUUUGGACCAUGAGCAGAAAGAUCCAUUUUCAAGGGAAGGAGAGAAUGAAGGGCAAGAGAUUUCUGACUGGGAGAGGUACGCUGCAGAGGAAUAUGAAAUCCUGGUAGCUGAAGAAGCAGCCAACGAACAGUUUGAUGGCUAUGAAAAUGACCUCGACCCCAUAGACCGACAAAUCUCAAAUGAGUUAAACCUGCGAGGGGACAAGAGAUCUUUCUUCGAAAUACCCAACCCACACCCCAACAUCAAUUUGGAUGAAUAUGAGUAUGAAGAUGAUUUUGAAUGACCUCUAUUGCAUGUAUUUUCUACAAUACAGGCAAUCUGCGGCAGGACUGCAGUAACUGCAUAAACUAGUGUUCAGUGAGGAAUAAUAAUAUUUAACCUCACUGAUCAGUAUGUAGCUUCAGGCCAUUUGCGCUCAUCCUUAGAGAUGGGAAUCACAAACCUGGACAGCCAAAGGCCUCCCUGUGGCUGUAACUGUAAUCAUUAACCAUGCAAAACAAAGGAAUCUCAUUGUUAGUGCAAAAAAAAAAUUGUAAUUUGUUCCUAAAACAAGCAAAAGUAAAAUAUAGCAAGAAAUAAAACAUAGAACUAAAACUCUUCUUCCUUUACUUGCUGUAAUUUAGUAAGUUGUUAGGUACAUUAGAAAAAGUAAUUUAUGUAAAAAUUGGAACUUAAUCACAAUUUACUCAAUGGACGGGUGCUGACUGGCCAGUAGUUUGAGUGAUGUAUUAUCUGUAAAUAGGAAUUCCUAUAGUAUUUAUUAUGCAAACUAGAGAGAGAGAGAGAGAGAGAGAGAGAGAGAUUGGUUGGUUGGUUGUGCAUAGAGUAUAAUCAAGUCAAAAUCACAGUUUUUAGAUUUUUGUUAUCAUCUUGGUUCACACCGCACUGAAAUUUAAAUGCUUAGAUAACAGUUGAAUGUGCAUCUAAAAGCAAUACAUUUGUCAUUUAUUUCAAAAUUAGCUAAUGCAACAUUCCAGAGAUAUUAACCAAACUAACCAUUACACAUAAUAAAAUGUUCAGCGCAAAAUGAAAUGAUAGAACGGAUUUUGCUAAAAUUUUUAAGGACUAUACAGGUGCCUGUUUAUUCAUGUGUUCCACUUCUAUGCAUUUACCCUUUAAAAAAUAAAAAAGUGUGCCUUGUAUUAUAUUAAUUUAAAUAAAGAAAAAAACUUUCAUUAAUCAGAGAUUCCUGAAAUGUACAAGGUUUUUACUAAAGUAUGAAUUUUCCAUUGUAGAAGUUAUUCUUAUAAAUGAUAGUCAUUGUAUCUAUAUAUGUACUGUUCUUUGUGCUUGCUGUGUAUUAUUUGUUGCAAAAUGCCAUUAUGUUCAGUAAACGUUGAAGGAUUUUCUAUUUGUAAAAUACUUAGUAGCAUUUUACUGUAUUUUUAUUCAGGAAAAAGGGAACCAAAUGUUUAUAAUUUAAUUUGUUCAAAUAAUUUUAAAUAAAGUAUAAAUAUGGCUGAUAUUAAGGCUGCCUGUUUUUCUGCUCUGUAGAAAAUCUAAGCCAAAAACUCAAUUUUUUUAAAUUGGUUUUCCAGUAGAAAAAGUAUUGUACAAAAAUAAACAGCAGUAAACAAAAA